UUCAUAGGGAACGCCAAGCAGAAAGGAACGGACCUCUGAAAAGGGAAUAUCACUAAGGAUUUGCCCCCCCCCCACAAUGUUAUUGUAGUCCUAUUGUCUUAGUCCUGACCAGGGCUGGCUGUUCAACCAACUCUCUCAGUGCACAAUUUGGUGGGAUACCAUCAUUAUUAUCUAAGGAAUAACCAUGGCGGAUGAAACAUGGAUUCCGGAACACAAUGGAGAUCUACCAUUAGAAGUAAGGCAAGUGCAGAUAACUGAUAUUAUUGAUGAAAUGGCAGCGCCGGCGGAAGAUAUUCUGUGUGGAACGUUGGGAUGUGACUCUGGAACCACAGACCCAGUUGGUGAACAGCAACAGACACAGUGGGAAAAUCGAGGACUGGAUAACAAGGAAGAGGAGGCCAAGGAUGUGGAAAUUGGAGUAGAAAAUACAAAGCUUGGAGAUCCGGCUGAAGUCAGCACUUCCCACAGUAUAGAAGGUGCAGAAGAGAUAACAGGGGAGCCCAGGUUGGAAUUGGAGUCAGAGGAAGACAAUAUCCCUAUGGGUGAAGAACCUGGGGAUACAGAAUUUGCUGAGCGUUGCAGUAGCCCAUUGAGCCAACAGCCAGAAACACCAGACCUAUUGCCAACUGAGAAAGCAGAGAAGCUUUCAGCCUGCCAGAUGAUUGAAGUAGAAGAAGAAGAAUUGGCUUCCACUGGGCACAGCAAGGAAAAUGGAAAGGAGUCGUUUUAUGAUGAGCAAGAAAAUGGGUCAAAAUAUUUCCUUUCACUCAGUCCAACAGGCAGCCAGCAGGAUCCAUCCGAGGGACCCCCGAAUAGUGCCAACAGGCCAGAUAUCUUCAGGCACAGUUACUCCCGAUACGAUACUGUAUCCUACCGCAAGAUCCGCAAAGGAAACACUAAGCAGAGAAUUGAUGAAUUUGAGUCUAUGAUGAAUCUAUAAAAUCCCUAGUGGAAAUAUAUAUAUUCUUUAACCCUUCUAGCCUCCUUAUUAACGGUGCACAGUCUGUUAAUAAUUAAUUCAAUAGAGCUUUAAAAAAAGUCAUACUUUUUAUUUCUUCUUCAAAUUUCUGAUUUUGCAGAAUGGUUAAUACAGGGUUUCUCAGGGGCCCCCAAUUUUUGCUGGGGAAUCAGCUUUGCCACCCAAAAAUUGGUUUAGAGACAGUUAUACACCUACAGUAUUUCUAAUUACUAUAUCCAGUAGUAGGAAGAGUGGUUUCUGUAUUGAAGGGAAUUAUGGGGACUCACAGCAUGGGGACCUAUUUUGGAGUCUCCACAAACAGGUUAAGAAUUCCUGGGUAAUUAAAGAUGUUGCAGUUGUAAUGACCCCCAGAACAGGUUAAGUGGGCAAAUGGAGAUACUGGAGAAUACAUUGUUUAAGUUUACAACUGUGUCAUUGGGUACAGUACCUGAAGAGUAAAUUGCUAGUAUACCUUCAUUUGUUGAUUUUCCCAUUGCACUUCAUCUCAAAUAAGCUCUAAAUCAGUUCAUUUAUAUUUUACACUGCUAUUGCUGUAUGGCCCAAGCUUUUGCAAAUGUUCUACUGACAGCUUACGAUUUCAGUCUUGCCAUCUUUCAUUGUUAGCCCACUGGCUGGCAACAGCAGCCCCCAAGGGUUGUGAUGAUCCUUGAAUGGUUUUAAUAUGAGAAGGGGAUCUUGUUCUAUUCAGGCAGGACCUUUGCUAUGGUUGAUAAAGUUAACAUUAUAACUGAUAGCUAAACAGACAACAAAAUGUUAUGGCCUUACGAGUCCUUUUUACAAAUACAUGUCUCCCAGAUCCUAGAGCAGUUGGGUAUGCCUUCCAUGAAUAACUGAUUAGGUUUGAUGCUUUCUCUACUUUCAGUGCUUUGGAUGAUACUGAUCUAUUGUCCUGGACUCUGUACUUUACUAGAACAGUUCCCUAAACUCUAUGUAACUGGACUUAGUAAUAUUAAGUUUAGUGUGAAGGACCUUUUCAUUUCUUAGGUACGGCUCAUGUUAUACUCCAAAGGAGGGUCUAGGAGUUCCUAGGAGUUAUUUUCUCAAACAGGAUCCAAAAAAGGGGAUCCAUUCAGAGCAUUUUUAGUUAUGUGCCUAUCAUAAAGCAAAAAUGUUAGCUUUUGGCUUUUGGGUUGUCCUAUGUUUUGACUGCAAAAAAAUCACUCCAAUAAAAAGCAGGGAUUAAUGUAACAAGGCCCUGCACAGGUCCGGUCAGGCAGACCCAUGUCUGACCCUGACCCGCAACCAGACCCACACCCGCCACCUAAUAUGCCCCCCUACUCAGACUUACUACCUGACCCUGACUGAAUAAAGGUAACUUACCUUCCAACCCUGGACCCGUGAAACUGGAAAUGCCAUUAUUGUAUACAAGAAAUUAUGUAAUUCUGGAACCAAAUCUGUGGGGUAAGGGAAAAACACUUGGGGUAUCCACAGGGCACGGUGGGACCAUUCCCUCACCUUAGCCAGGUACCCAGGUGGGUUACCCAUGGAGUGCCUGCACGGUCAGAAAUAACGGGACUUUCUACCUGAAACCCAACCGCUCUGCGGGUAUUCAGUUAUUCAGUGGGUGCCUGACCCAAUGCAGUACUCUAUCAUAUAACAUCACUCACAACUACAGUCAGGUAAGAUGUAAAAUAAAGUAUCACAUAGCUUCAGUUAUCUGUAAAACAUGGGUAUAAAUGUGAACACUUUGUUUGAUUAUCACAUACUGAUAAUACAGUUGUUAUUCCCUGAUGAUAACUCAAACCUAUCAAUUGACAUUAAAACACCCAAAAAUAAAUGCAGUGGUCAAAACGCAGAGUAAUGACACGUGCCCUUGGCCAUACAGGUAAACUUAACAGCAUGUUGUAACCAAACUCAGUGAGGAUUAAACAAGAGGCAAGAGAGAUGAGCCAGCCACUAUACAGACUUUUUGCCCCAUCUCAGGUCUUGGAAGAGCUGAUAACUAUUGUUGUUAAAAGCACUUGUUGCGUCCUACUGUCACAAUAAAAUGUUCUGAUUUUA